CUUCUUCAACAACAUCCUUUCCUUUUUAAAAAAAAAUACAAAUGCUUGAAUGAGCUGGCUUAAGCUCAAGUACCAUCUCCAUCUUCCUUUUUAAGCACCCUUGUCACCGCGUUUUCGCCUCCUGAGUUUCGCCGGAGAAUGGGACGUCAACCUUGUUGCGAUAAGGCCGGGUUAAAGCGCGGACCCUGGACGAUCGAGGAAGAUCACAAGCUCAUGAACUUUAUACUCAACAAUGGUAUCCAUUGCUGGCGAACUGUCCCUAAGCUUGCAGGGCUGUUAAGAUGCGGGAAAAGUUGCAGGUUGAGAUGGAUUAACUAUCUAAGACCAGACGUUAAGAGAGGGGCGUUUACCGAAUCCGAAGAGGACCAGAUUAUUCAACUCCAUUCCCGUCUGGGAAACAGGUGGUCGAAGAUCGCGUCGCAUUUUCCGGGCCGUACCGAUAACGAGAUCAAGAACCAUUGGAACACUAAAAUCAAGAAGAAGUUGAAACUGCUAGGACUGGACCCCGUGACACACAAGCCUAUAGAGAAAACCGAUGGGAAUUCGUCGAAUAAGCCGGACGACGACGAAGAACGAGGCAUGAUUCCGAGAAAAGACGACGAGAAACCGGAGGAAAGCCGAUUAGAUUUGGAUGAAACAAAUGAUAUUUUCAACAACUACCAAAUGUUGUGUGAGAGCUUUGACUUGGAUUCAUGGUUGAACCAAGGUGGAAACACUUGUUCUUCUUCAUAUUCAAUGGAAGAAUCCAACAAAUCUUCAAUGGGGGAAACCAAUUCCACUAUCCAACAAGAAUCUGUAAAGCAUUGGGUUGAUAGUGUGGAUUCAUUUCUCUCAUGGGACAAGCUUUAUUCAUCAGACCUCAACUUUCCUUAAAAUCCCAUCACUUUUAUCAAUAAAAGUCAAGUGUUUGAUCAUUGCAUGUCUUUUUUAUUCUUUAUGAACUGUUUCCCCCCUCUUUCAAGCUUCCAACAAUUGACCUAGGAGUUCUAAAAGCUAGUCUCCUUUUGCAACUGUAAAUUUCAUCAUUAUGGAAGUUUCCAAGGUUUACUUCA